GUUGGCGGAAGCGAUCGGCGCGGGGUUCGGGUGCCGGGAGCGGCUGGGCGCCAUGGCUUCCAUUCUGGAUGAGUACGAGGACUCCCUGUAUCGUUCCGCCUCCGUGCAGCAGAGCCGCGCCAGCGUGGGCAUCCCGCACUCCGGAUAUGUGAAUGCACGACUGGAAAAGGAAACACCAAUAUUUAACAAGCAAAGGAUUGAUUUUGCUCCUCCAGAGAAAAUUAACAGCUUGGUGGUCUCCUCUAACCAGCUCUGUAUGAGCCUUGGCAAAGACACCCUUCUCAGGAUUGAUCUUGGGAAGCCAGAUGAACCUAAUCAAGUGGAGUUGGGACGCAAAGAUGAAGCCAAGGUCUACAAGAUGUUUUUGGACCACACAGGCUCUCAUCUCCUGAUUGCUUUGAACACUAGUGAAUGCCUUUACCUGAACAGAAGUGUUCAGAAAGUACGAGCACUCUCCCGCUGGAAAGGCCACUUGAUUGAAAGCGUGGGCUGGAACAAAUUUCUUGGUACAGAGACCAACACUGGGCCUAUCCUGGUGGGAACAGCCCAGGGGCAAAUUUAUGAAGCUGAAAUAUCUGUCAGCGAGGGAAGCCUCUUCAGCACUAAUCCUGACCAGUACUUCCGACUGGUCUACACUCUGGAGGAGGAAUCGGGAUCUGCGCCUGUCUGCUGCUUGGAGAUUGAACGAGGGAUAGAAGGGAAAUUUUUUAUUAUAGCAACCACUCGAAAGAGACUUUUCCAGUUUGUUGGCAAAGUGCCUGAAGGUACAGAGCAGCAAGGCUUCGGCUCCAUAUUUGCUAUGCAUGCUGACCACUUGCCCAGCUUCAGAGAGUUUCCAGCCAGCUUUGGAUUCAGUGAGAUAGCCUUUUAUACUCCAAAACUGCGCUCCAACCCACGCUCCUUUGCCUGGAUGAUGGGAAAUGGUGUUUUAUAUGGUACGUUGGAUUAUAGCCGUCCCGAUUCGAUUUUGAGUGAUGAACGGGUCUGGGUUUAUCCUUCUGAUAUUGAUGUAACUGUGAACAAGCCAAUAUCCAUUGUGCUCACCCAGUUCCACUUUCUGUUGCUGCUGCCUGAUCGGGUGAUGGCUGUAUGCACGCUGAAUGAGCAAGUGGUUUUUCAAGAUCUGUUCUUGGAGAAGUUUGGCACGUUGACACGCAUGAUCAAAGAUCCUAUGGUCCAGCAGAUCUGGAUCCACACUGAGAAAGUUGUGUUCCGCUAUCAUGUCCAGCGGGAAUCUAGAGAUGUGUGGAAAAUGUAUAUGAAUAUGAACAAAUUUGAUUUAGCCAAAGAAUACUGUAAAGACCGUCCAGAGUGCCUAGAUAUUGUGCUGGCAAAAGAAGCAGAACACUGCUUCCAAAACAAGAGGUAUCUAGACAGUGCCAAGUGUUAUGCACUGACCCAGAACUAUUUUGAGGAAAUUGCCCUUAAGUUCAUUGAAGCCAAGCAAGAAGAGGCCCUGAUGGAGUUUCUAAUUAAGAAGUUAAAUAACCUAAAGCAUUCUGAGAAGACACAGACCACUCUGCUGACCACAUGGCUAACAGAGCUGUAUCUGAACUGGCUAGGUAUACUGGAAGGAGAUCCCUCACAGCGGAAUCUCUAUUUGGAUACCCGGGAGAAGUUUCGCACCUUCCUGAGCAGCCCGAAGAACAAAGACUGUUUAUUUAAUAACCGGGCAUCUAUUUAUGAGCUUUUGGCAAGCCAUGGGGACACAGAGCACAUGGUCUAUUUUGCAGUCAUCAUGCAGGACUAUGAGCGAGUAGUAGCUCACCACUGCCAGCAUGAUGAGUACGAUGAAGCUCUAAAUGUGCUGUCCAGGCACAGAGAUGAGAAGCUGUUCUACAAGUUCUCUCCGGUCCUCAUCCAGCAUAUUCCCAAGAAAGUGGUUGAUGCUUGGAUUUCUAUGGGCUCCAGACUGGAUGCCAGGAACCUUAUUCCAGCUCUUGUUAACUAUAGCCAGAGUGCCAGUACUCAGCAGAUCAAUGAAGCCAUUAGAUACAUGGAGUUCUGUGUAUAUCAGUUGGAGGAAACCCAGCAAGCUAUUCACAACUAUCUGCUGUCUCUCUAUGCUUUGUGUCGGCCAGAUUCAUUGCUGUCAUACCUGGAACAAGCAGGAACCAACCCAAACAGAAUCCACUAUGACCUGAAGUAUGCACUGCGCCUAUGUGCAGAGCAUGGGCACCAUCAUGCAUGUGUCCAUAUUUAUAAAGUGAUGGAAUUAUAUGAGGAAGCUGUGGAUCUUGCGUUACAGGUGGAUGUUGAUCUUGCCAAGUCCUGUGCAGAUCUCCCUGAAGAUGAUGAGGAACUCCGGAAGAAGCUGUGGUUGAAGAUUGCUCGCCAUGUUGUUCAGGAAGAGAAGGAUGUCAAGAAGGCAAUGGCCUGCCUCUCCAGCUGUGCCCUGCUGAAGAUUGAAGAUGUCCUGCCAUUUUUUCCAGACUUUGUCACUAUUGACCAUUUCAAGGAGGCUAUCUGUAACUCCCUGGAGGACUACAACAAGCACAUUGAGGAGCUGAAGAGGGAGAUGGAGGAAGCCACGCAGAGUGCCAAGAGAAUCCGAGAGGACAUCCAGGAAAUGAGAAAUAAGUAUGGCUCUGUUGAGCCUCAGGAAAAAUGUGCUGCUUGUGACUUUCCUCUUCUAAACCGCCCAUUUUACCUUUUCCUUUGUGGCCACAUGUUUCAUUAUGACUGUCUUCUUCAAGCAGUUUUUCCAAACCUUCCUGCCUAUAAGCAGGCAAAACUGGAAGAUCUUCAGAAGAAGCUGGCAGCUACCAGUCAGCCUUCCAAGGGCCACCAUCGUCCCAAGGAUGCAGAUACUGCUAGUCUGGGGAAGGGGCAGCAGAGCCGGGAACAGAUCAAAGCUGACAUUGAUGAUAUUGUGGCAGCUGAAUGUGUGUACUGUGGUGAGCUGAUGAUCCGCUCCAUUGACAAACCUUUUAUUGAUCCUCAGAAGUACGAAGAGGAGAUGCAAAGCUGGCUGUAGUUCUCCAAAUCUGCAACUGUCAUUAUACCAGAGAGGUUUUGUUCACAACUUGUAAAGCUUCUGUGGUGGAAGUAAAAUCUCCGGAAAUGGGAACAGAGUGGCUUCUGUGGAACUCUUAAGGAAAGAGAAAUGGGAUCUUGUCAUCAGGAUUAUAGUAAACUAAUCUUGAAAAAAGUGGAGAUACAGCUAUUGCUGUCUUAAGAACUCAAAAAGCAAUUAGAGCUAAUCUACUGGAUUUUUGUUUUAGCAGAUGUUUGCUGUUUGCAAUUUGAGGUUCUCAGUGUGAAACUAAUGGUGUGCCUUGUUGCCCAGAAGGAACUGGGGACAGCCUGUGGUUUCUCUUCACUGUUGUGUUGUAUCUGUUUUGACGAAAACACACUUAAAUUGAAGGCAGUGAGGAACACUAAACAGUGUAGUCUUCAUUCAUCACUUCCAAUGCUAGAAUUGUCUUUGGUUUUCUUUUUUUGCUGAGUCUAUAGCCACUUAUGCUGAGGGAACACGAAAGGAGAAGUGCUCUUGCACAGAUAUUUUGUAAACGUUGUGCUACACAAAUACAUGUUUCUACACAACGUAGUAUAAGAGUGUGUAUAAUUUUCAAGCAGAUGUCUCAGCGUACAGUUUAGUCAUUUGACUGCAGUUCUCUUUCCCACAAGCUUUGUGAUCAAGCCCAUGCAUUUUAAUUUUCUCUGGAGGCUUUAUUGCUUUUUCUAAUAAUGGUUCUUAGUCUGUUUACACCUUCAUCCCACUUCCACUUUGACUUCCUUUGUAUAGUGGAUCUUGUUUUCAUCUCCACCCCAAUCCAGUGUUCCAGACAAGUAAGAACACUGCCCAGUUGUAUUGUUGUGCUCUGGUCCUCUUCAGGCAGCCCUUGAGCACUGGAAUAGAGAUGCAGUCAUAGAUCAAGGACAGACUACAGAAAACUCUUAACUGGUAAAAAAAAAUUUGCUCUCCUUGCUAGAUAGCCAGCAAUCUUCUGCCUUCUUGGCAGCAUUUGAUACUUUCUGGGAAUGGCUGCAAGUUGGUGUUUCUGUCUAUUGCUUUAAUUUGGAAAAUUCUUCCCAGAAUUGUCCACUGCAUUGUGGGCAAGGGAACAAAAAGAAAAUUCUCCAGCAGUUAGUCUGGGUUCCUUGUUUCACUACUGGAGAAACUGAAGUUUUAAUGAAGUUCUGCUGGUUGUGGCUGAAUUGCAAAAUUAGCAGAAUUGAUCUAAGUUAAAAGUGAUGAUUCUUUUAAGUCAAGCAAUAAUAUUGUCCUCUGAAAACCUCUUCUGUUCUUUCACAAGCCUGUGCUUGUCUUGAGAACUUGCCUCAAUCUGCAAGUCCUAUUCAUAGGAUUGUAGAACUAGGUCUUUUGCUUCAUAGCAAGGGAAUAUAGAUUGGUUUUCUUGAGGAGUUGACUUAAGAAUUUUGAUAACCAUUCAUAGCUUCAGAAGACCAUUCAUGCAUUUGUUGUUGGGAGCUUCAGCCUGUAAUGAGUGUGUUUUGACUGUGCAAUGUAAGUAAUAAAAAGCAGAGCUGAAGUGGGAAGACCUGAGGUGGCUAUUUUUCUGCCUUUUCAGAGAAACAUCAGUUGCAGCUUAUUCUGGUGGAGAGAGUAAUUUAGAGUUACCUAUUUUCUUUAGGACAUUCUUUAUGUUUGUUCUGUCUCUUUACUUUUUGGUGUUACAGCAUGCUUGCCUGGUAUAUUAAAAGUAUUAUCCUUACAUUCCUUUCCUAUUAGUGCAGCUGAUUUGUUACAAUGUUAGGUAAAUGUUUCUGUUUGUCUCUAACGAGGAAAAAUAUUUUUUGCUUACAGACCAUUCCAAGGGAAUCUGGUCUGUAGGAUUAAAAGUCACAAGUCUCUGCCUAAGAUGGGUUUGUAGGGGAAAGUACCUCAAAAACCCACUUGUUUCAGUCUUAGGUAUUCAUACAUCUCAGUUAACAAAACUAAAACUACAUUAUUUUUUUUAAUGGCCAGUAUGCUGUAUUCUCUGAGGGCUCUAGGCUUCUUCAGUAGGUACACAUACCACAAAUGUAAUGCUUCCUCACCACUGUUAAUUGAAAAUCUUCUAAGUUAUUUUCUAUUGAGGCUGUGGAAAUUGUUACUGCCUGAAAAGACUCCAGCAGUGGUUAAAUGACCAGUGUCAGUAGUGUAGGAAGCUAUAUAAAGAUACCUUCUGAGCUUUCCUUAAAUUGUCACGUACUUCCAAAGUUUUGGUAAGUUCUCACUUGUGUUUCGUGGCAACUUUGCAGUACAUCUCCCUGAAAAUGAGGUGUUUUUUGGGGAGGGCAGAUGGAAGCAAACUGUUUACUGUUCUCCAAUAAAUCCAGUCUGCAAGAUCUCUUCCUCUGUGCUUUCAGAACAGUGUUUUGAUCUUUUCUCCUUGUAGUUUCAGCACAGUUGUGGUUUUUGAAGUCCUUUGUAUUUAUUUAUUUUUGUUCAACUGUGAAUGAACCAUAUACCAGCUGUUACAAACAACAUGUUUUUGAGCCUUAUUCUUGUCUGCGUAAGUAAUCUCUGUCAUUUAAUUUAAUGCAGGUAGAGAAGAGAGUAACCAAAAGGGUGGAUGGGAGCCCAAGCCCUGUUUAAUAGGAGUAAACUUCUGUAGAUAGAUUUGUGCUGAAGAAAUUUAGGCUUUACCUGCACAGCUAAAGUAAACGUGCCCGUUAUCUUGCCUCAACAUCAAGCAAGUAACUGAAGAAAUGCUGCAAUCAUAGGAGACAGCAGUGAAUGUGUAUUAUGGGAAAACUUGUGAAGAAUUUCAGAUGCGCUUGCUGUUGACCUAUCAAGUCAGGAGCACAUCAAUAAAAUUCGGAGCUGUGUGGGUUGUCUCAUUACUAAAAGUAAGUGAUUGGGCUGGAAAUAUAGUAAGGCAGGUUCUUAGCAAGCCACUAGAUGUCAUUGCUGUCCAUUUAAAUGCUUAGGCUUGCUGCAGACAAGCUAAAGCUUGAAAAGUAUGUUACACAACAGAGAGGAAACAAUUCAGAUUCUCAGUGCCUUCUAUGUCAGAAAGGAGAAGCCAGACCUGUAAGGUAGUUUCUGGAGGCAAAGAUGCUAUGAAGAAUUAUCUCUAGCUAAAAGGAAACUUUAUUUCACAGGUCACUUUCAGGUAUCAAAAGCUUUUUUUACUCAGUUUAGUGGCAUUUUUUUUACACUCUUGUUUAAUUGCAUUCCAAUGUAAGUUCCUCCGGAGACUAUCUCACUUUGUCUCUUGAAGUGGCAUUUGGUGGCCUAGGAUCUGGCUGUUACCUCUGCUACUUGUCCUAGUGGCAGAGAUAGUAGAAGUAAAUGUGAGGCAGCUCUUUCAUUGCUAGAGUUUACACGUGGUCUUUAUUAAAAGCACCAUUACAACUGGGUGUGUUAGUGUUUGGGUGAGACACUGAGCAGUGUGACCAGAGAUGUUAGUGUUUGUUUCUCAGUGUGUCUCUGAGUUACAGGGUCAUCAUCUCAAUAUAGGAGUAGGAACAUCCUGUAUGCCAUCAAAAUUAGAUGUCAUUUUAUUCAGAAAUCAUCUAUUAACAUUUACUUCUUUGAAAGGCAGGUUCAAAUUAAGUAUAAUGACCUGCCUCUGUCAGUGUAUAGACUAUGUUUACAAAUGCAAAUACUUACUUCUAGUGAGAGUUCAUGGGAAAUCUUUCCAUUAGGUCCUUGUACCACUUAAUUCAACAAUCCUGUACUGAUCUGUGGAAAGGUAGACUGCAAGUGGGCUUCUUCCUUGCAUUGAGUGUGAUGAGUUGAAAUUUGAGGUUUGAAAUAUCCAGGGCUUAUGGACUUAGGGGUUUUGUUUUUUCAGUUGGACUCAAUCUUUUUCUUCAGAAUAGAUGGAGAGCCAUGCAAUUCACUAUGGUAAGUCUGGUGUUUGUGACAGAACCUUAAGGCAUCCUCAAAGCAGGGAGAUGCUGGCUAGAAUCUUCUGUUCCACCUCUUGUACACCAAGGUGGGAGGAAUGUCCUGGAAGUUAGAGGGAAUAGAGAUACGGUUUGGUUAAGCUUUAUGUAUUUGCCUGACUUCAGAGAAGACUUCUAAUUGGAACUGUGGGAGUUAAUGGAUCUGUAAUUUUCAUCUGAGGUCUUGAAGAAAAAGCUUGUCUUCUAUUCAAAAGAAACGUCAACAUUUUAGUAAAUUUGUAGAGCUUGAGACUUUAAAAGGAAAUAUUACAGGAAUGCUUUUUAUUUGCUGUGAGUUUAGGACUCUGUUCGUGCCCCAUGUAGACUUCAUACCCUCAGAAGCCUUCUAGGAGUUAAGGUUUGUGCCCUUAUUGUGAUGUUGGAGACUCAUAAUGUUCCUCCCUCAAGCAAACUGACUUGCAGCUGCUUUCAGGUGGAAAAAGAGAGAAGAGAUUAAACAAAUUUUAGAUCUAUCAGUUGAAACUGGUUGGGGUGGAGAGAAAGAAGCACUGAACUGAGUGUUUUUUGUGAUGCCUGGAGGUGCUCGAGAAAGGUUGUUCUGAUAACAUUCCUUGCUUAGGAGCAAGGAAGGUACAGGAGCACUCUAAGAUUGUACAUUUAGCUGACUAGAAAUCCUAACUAUCAAAUCCUCUUCCUCCUAAAGAGGAUUUGCUACAGCCUUUUGUUUGUUAAACUGUUUGUUUGCUUCAUUUAUAAUAGAAUAGUACUGGUGGAGGCAUCUGCAGUGAAAAUGCCCUGGAGGAUAUGAGCAGUCACAGCCUACUCCUUAUUUUGUGUGUUAUUUUGUUCUUUGUAGGUAGCAGCUAAUAUGAAAAAGAUUGACAAAUGGUUUGGUAUCCAAAAGCAGGUAUUCUCCACUUUGUGCAGUUGAAGUCCAAGUGCCAGUCACCUGACAUGGGAUGUGCUUUUUGGAUCGCAGCAUGAGCUUGAUGGCUGUUGGACUUUGCUUAAGCAGGUAUCUCUGUUUUCCGAUUAGUUACUCAGCAGUCUUUUUUUCAUUUCUGCAUGUACAUACUGAAUAGAUUUUCUAAUGAAUGUUUACUACAGAUCUGGGGUCAAAAAGCUUUUCUUAUCUGUAGUUUUUUGUUUUUGUUGUUGCUUUUGUUUCUUCUAUGGCACACAAGGUGCACAAUGUGGUUUUCUUAGAGAGUAGAUCUAACAUUUUUCGAUCUCUAAUGUUUCACCUUUUUCCCUUUUCUCACAGAGGUGUGUUUUCAUUGGGCCAGGACUUCUGGGUUAAUUAGGAACGUUACGAAGAGGAAUGUGAUGGUUGCUGCAUUAGUUUUUUAGGACUUCUCCUUAUAGACCAGGUUGUGACAGUUAUUAGAAGCUGCUGUUUUUUGAUGGCUGCUGUUUUUCAUUCAGAUGAACAAUUCUGGUAAGAGCCAACAAAAGCCUAUGAAGAUGCAGGUAGUCAGAAUUUUUUUGUGUUUGGCUAAUUAACACGGUCCUUGCAAAAUAUUCUUCUAGUUUUCCUCAUAUUGCAGAGCUAUCACUUAGCUCUGCAUCAAUAUGUAUAACUGGUCUGUUGGUAAAAUAAAAUAAUCCUCCCAAGCAUAGCUGAACAGAAUGUUGCCAUCCUUGAUAAAGGGCCACUAACAGCUCGUGCUGUUUGGGAAGACCACACAGAAUGUUGCUGGACAAGGAGGAAACUGGUAGUCAAGGCUUACUCUCCUCAGUGUCCCAAUUCUUUGUUUAAUACUUGCCUGUGUGACACAGCAUGGCUGUCUCAGAGUGACAUCUGCAUUUGUGUUACGGUGGUACAUUCUGCUGAGCAGCCCUUUUUGGGAGAAAAGCACUUCCUUAUGUUCUACAGUCUGUUUCAAACACUUGCCUGCUUUCCUGGUUAAUGAGACUGCAAUGACUGGAACUAUGACAUCUUUCUGCUAUGUCCCUCUGCAAGAUGGUUUGUGGUAAUCCUGUGUACGUGCUUCAAGGACUUGCAGUGGUAGGGAUUCCAAAGCUAAAACAACAACAACAAAAAAGUAUCACAGGAAAUGUCUAAUGAAAGUGGAAAAUUCAGAAACUUGUUCCAUAAUAGGCAGCGUUUGUUUUCAUUCUGUUGUUUUCAUUCAGUACUUAGCAAGAAAGUAAGAAUAAACUGUAAAGUAACUUUUCAUUCAUCUCAGACUUCUCUGAGAUGAUGACAGUUCCCCAUGUAUCCUUAUGGAGGAGGGACCUGAAAGGUGGAAAUCCAUGGAAUUGAGGGAAUUCAGUAUUAUGUUUCAGCAGCUUAGAGUUACAGGAAUUUUCUCAGUUGUCACGGUGGCACCUGUGCCAAAAAUAAAGGUGUGGAUUAUUUACCAGGCGUCUUGUCCUGCCUGGAUUGUGCUCCUAAAAAACCAACCACUUGGGAAGUUCAUGCUAAACUUAAGGUGAAAUAAGGAAGAGGGAAGAAUUUCUGAACACAACACAGGCAUUAUUGUCAGUCUCCGUUCAGCAUGUGCAUAAUGCCAGGCCAGAACAAGCUUUCUGGAUGUCCUCCAUAAGUCAUAAACAAUUUGUAGGUAUGGCUUUGGGCAGAAGUUUCAAAGUGCUUCCUUUUAAAGUUGUUCUUCGAAGUUAGAAUGCUUUUAGAGCUGACUGCCUUCUUAUGAGCCUUAAAUCAGGAGCAAUGGCAGAGCCAUUUCUUCUCAAUGCCUGACAUGUCAUGUGUUUUUUAUUCAUUCUUCCCUCACUGGGGCAGACACCAGCUCAGCAACCACCUCUUUCUCCAGCUCGUUUCCUUCACCUCUGCUCGCUGCUGUUGCAAAUCACUUCUUGAUUCUGGCAUAAAUAUAGGAUGGGUUAGCAGGAAGUUGGCAGUGAAAACUCCCUGAUGUGCAGGUUGAAAAGUAAAGGGAGGGAGUUGCAGUGAGAAGGUAUCCAGAGCCCUGCUGGCUUUCAGGUUUCAGAAGGAUGAAAUGUGCAAGGAUAGUAGUUACUGCCUAACUGUUAAGGAGUCAGCAGGACAAUUAAGCAUUGUGUCUUUUAAUGCCACUUCUCUCUUGCCCCACGUGGCUGUUCUGAGUGAAGCAGUGCAGUAGUAGGAUGGGCAUUUAAAUAAAGUUUGAUACUAAAAUCUCAGCCCAUUUCCAGUACCACAAAUGACAGCCAGAAAGGAUUUGGCUUUUCACCAUUACCCCGUCUUUCUGACUAAUACCAUUUAAUGAGUAUGGGAGGCUCAAGAUGGCCGGAGAAAGUAAUCCUUCCAUUGAGAAACAGCUAUCUGAUCUUAUACAGGAGGGCCUGAGUUCUGCUUCCCCCUUUCCAGAUGGGGCUACACAAUACCCCCACCUCAAAACAAAUUACAGACAUAUGCAUGCACAAAAAAAGCAGCAUGCCAAGUCUGUCUCUUUACCAGCUCUGUUUCUGUUAACUCCCUGACGUUUUUAGGGCACAAAAGUAGGUUUCUAAUAUAUACCGAAUUCUUGGUUUUUGAUGGCAGUUCAGAUAGAUAAUCUACAAGGUUAUUGCAUAUGAAUCCCUGCUCUCUGUGGCAAGUGAACCAGUAUGUUGCAGGCUGCACCUGUUACAUGGAGCCUGCACAACAUCCUUGGAGUGCUGAAUUUAUACUGAAAAGGUAAAAAGAAAAAGUUGUUGCAUUUGACUAAGUGAGGAUGUUACUCUCUGCCGUAAGUUGUAGAUCAAAUAUAACAAGGCACCCCUUUCCUUUAAGAGAAGUAAGAGAAUAAGAUCUAUAUACCCUGGGAACAUGUAUUUAAAAGCAGCUUUCUUUUGCAGUUCUCCCUCCAUUUACUUGCUUUGCAUAGUAAAGUUUCACUUUUUAGUCACAUCAGCCUGGGUACUGCAUUGCUGUAGGAUGUUGUUUUUCUGUCAUAGCCUAAUUAACAUCUUAGGUUGGGUGUUGGUGUUCCUCUCCCAUGUUCAGGUGCUUAAUACAGUUCUUAUCACCCCAGCACAGUUACUUUGGAUCCUAGCCCAGCCCAGUGCAUGCGUGGGCACUGGCAGCGUUUGGAUAUUUAUAGGGAUUUCUACUUCCUUCUUUUCUUUGGACCACUUUCUUACUACAAGAAUUUGUUGUUCCUUCCAUGCUGCAAUGGAUGUGACCCUCCCAGGGUGGUGUCUGGGCAAUAGAUGUUGUGUAUGCACCUAACCAGCUGCUGGGGCAAGUGCAAGCAGGAGGGUAGGACACAGCAAUGGCACACAAGGCGUAGUUGGAAAAACAAAUAAAAAUAAUAAAAAUUGCCUCUUUUGCUUCCUUCCACUUUGGCAGAUGACUUGGGCUUGUCCAUUUAUCUCUGUUGGACUGGAACAUCUUGAGAACUGUUGCAAUG